CUGGAACACUGCAUAUUGUAUGAGUCUGACACAAGCUGAGGAGAGAUGUUGCUAACUGGUAAACAGCUGCCUGCAAAAAGAGGUCUUCUCUUGGCUAAAAGUGAACACAGCCCUCCUGAUAGCUAAAGCAGCAUUAUCAAUUACUCCCGUCUGCUGCAGCAAAUAUCCUCCCUGCUCACACAGCAAUUCACCAGCCAAAGCAGAGGAGAGGAGGAAAACCAACGAGAAAGUGACAAAGCAGGUGGUAAACUACCGGUUUACGGACAGGGGAAAAGUAACAGGAGGGAGGUGCCAUGGCCAGAAGAAGGGAAGACGUGAUAUUUGGAAGACUGCUGUUGCCCUAUUUUUUCAUAAAUGAGUUAUGUAAGGUACAGUUAUUGUUUAAACAAUACAAAGCAAAUCUAUUAUAAGAAAAAGAGACAUGUAAAACAGAUUGGUGAAUGAGCUCUGCAGCAAAUUCCCAUCGUCAUGAGCACACUGCGUGACUGCUCUGUGCAGGCAGAGGGAAGGAGGGAGGAGAGAGGAACAAGCGGAGGAAGGUAGGAUACAGAGAAGGGGGAGGGGAGCCAAUUCAGCGCAGUGCAAGCUGACUGUACGCGUAGCAGCCGCGGCACAAGCAGCACCAGCCCCACCACUAGCUGUAGCAUCUUUGUUUGUGGUCCUGGAGGCUAUCUGGCUGUAGCAUCUCUGUCCUCUCUCCCUCGCUCUCUCUCUGCUCCCUGCCUCUGAAGCACAUGCGGUGCUGGCUGUCAGAGGAGAGGGAGUAAGGGGCUCCAGGGAGAGGGCCACGGGAAGAGCAAACAGGGCCCACAUCACAGGAGACUGGAGCCACGCUGACAGCAGCACAAGCACCACCAGAGCGGCACCAUGGCGCAAGCCGCCAAGCAGCUCCGCAAGACCAAGGACCUCGCAGAGGCCGCCGCCCAGGAGCAGAGGGAGAAGGAGGAGGAGAAGAUCAAAAAGAGGAAUCGAUCCAGGGACCGUAGACGCAAGGCGGAUGCAGCCACCAGCUUUUUGAGAGCAGCUCGUUCAGGGAACUUGGACAAAGCUCUGGACCACAUCAAAAAUGGCAUCAAUAUCAACUUAGCAAAUCAAAAUGGUCUAAACGGGUUGCAUCUGGCCUCUAAAGAAGGGCACGUCAAAAUGGUCCUGGAACUUUUACACGCUGGAAUAGAACUUGAAGCCACCACUAAGAAAGGAAACACAGCCCUUCAUAUUGCAGCUUUGGCGGGGCAGGAGAAAGUGGUGGCUGAACUUGUUCACUAUGGUGCCAAUGUUAAUGCACAGUCCCAUAAAGGGUUCAGUCCCCUGUACAUGGCUGCACAGGAAAACCAUUUAGAAGUAGUGAAGUUCCUGCUUGAGAAUGGUGCCAAUCAGAGUCUCCCAACAGAGGAUGGCUUCACUCCCUUGGCUGUAGCCCUCCAACAAGGCCAUGAAAAUGUGGUGGCCCUGCUCAUCAAUUACGGGACAAAAGGCAAAGUUCGCCUCCCCGCGCUGCAUAUCGCCGCACGAAACGAUGAUACACGAACGGCUGCUGUCCUGCUGCAAAAUGACCCCAACCCAGAUGUUCUCAGCAAGACUGGUUUCACUCCCUUGCAUAUUGCUGCCCACUACGAGAACAUGAGUGUUGCCCAGUUGUUGCUCAACAGAGGGGCCAAUGUAAAUUUUACUCCUAAGAAUGGCAUCACACCUCUUCAUAUAGCUGCCCGGAGGGGUAAUAUGAUGAUGGUCCGACUCCUGCUGGACAGAGGGGCACAGAUCGAUGCCAAAACUAAGGAUGAGCUGACACCUCUCCACUGUGCGGCCAGGAAUGGCCAUGUUCGCAUUAUUGAGAUUCUCCUGGAACAUGGCGCUCCACUUCAAGCAAAAACAAAGAAUGGGCUAUCCCCGAUUCACAUGGCAGCUCAGGGGGAUCACAUGGACUGUGUCAGGCAGCUUCUCCAGUUCAACGCUGAAAUAGAUGAUAUCACUCUGGACCAUUUAACUCCUCUUCAUGUAGCAGCCCAUUGUGGCCACCACCGCAUGGCCAAAGUCCUUCUCGACAAGGGAGCCAAAGCUAAUGCACGGGCUCUGAAUGGCUUCACACCUCUACAUAUUGCAUGCAAGAAAAACCACAUGCGGUCUAUGGAUCUUCUGCUAAAGCACUCUGCUUCAUUAGAAGCAGUCACAGAGUCUGGUCUCACACCUCUUCAUGUAGCAGCUUUCAUGGGCCAUCUGAACAUAGUUAAAAAUCUGCUCCAGAGAGGAGCGUCACCAAAUGCUUCCAAUGUGAAAGUGGAAACACCGCUUCAUAUGGCGUCACGGGCAGGACACUGUGAAGUUGCCCAGUUUUUGUUGCAAAAUUCAGCACAAGUAGAUGCAAAGGCAAAGGAUGACCAGACGCCCCUGCACUGUGCUGCCCGAAUGGGUCAUAAAGAGCUGGUAAAACUGCUCCUGGAACAUAAGGCCAGUCCUGACUCAGCCACCACCGCAGGACACACCCCUCUGCACAUCGCUGCUAGAGAGGGCCAUGUCCACACUAUCAGAAUACUGUUGGAUGCCGGGGCACAGCAGACCAAGAUGACAAAGAAAGGCUUUACUCCCCUCCAUGUAGCCUCUAAAUAUGGAAAAGUGGAUGUGGCUGAGCUCCUUCUUGAAAGAGGAGCUAACCCGAAUGCAGCUGGGAAGAACGGUCUGACACCUCUGCAUGUGGCCGUCCAUCACAACAAUCUGGAUGUUGUCAAACUCCUGGUCAGCAACGGAGGAUCCGCUCACAGCACUGCCCGAAAUGGUUACACUCCUUUGCACAUCGCAGCCAAACAAAACCAGAUGGAGGUGGCCAGUUGUCUGCUGCAGAAUGGGGCAUCACCGAAUGCUGAGUCCCUCCAGGGCAUCACGCCCCUGCACCUGGCCUCCCAAGAGGGGAGGCCUGACAUGGUGGCUCUACUUAUCUCCAAACAGGCCAAUGUUAACCUGGGAAACAAGAGUGGACUGACCCCGCUCCAUCUUGUAGCUCAGGAGGGCCAUGUGGGUAUAGCAGACGCAUUAGUCAAACACGGAGCGUCUGUGUAUGCUGCAUCUCGGAUGGGCUACACACCUCUCCAUGUGGCUUGUCACUAUGGCAACAUCAAAAUGGUGAAGUUUCUUCUUCAGCAGCAGGCACAUGUAAACAGCAAGACACGGAUGGGCUACACUCCUCUGCACCAAGCCGCUCAGCAGGGCCAUACUGACAUUGUGACCUUGCUGUUGAAACAUGGAGCUCAACCAAAUGAAAUCACUUCAAAUGGGACCUCUCCCCUGGGUAUUGCCAAGCGACUGGGCUAUAUCUCUGUCAUUGAUGUGCUGAAACUGGUAACCGAGGAGUCCGUUUCCAUGAUUACCACAGAAAAACAUCGCAUGAGCUUCCCAGAAACAGUAGAUGAGAUAUUGGAUGUUUCUGAAGAUGAAGGAGUUGCCCAGCUAACGUUAGGGGAUGAGUUGCUUGGAAUGGAUGGUGCCAGGUAUUUAAAGCUUGAUGACUUCAAGGAUCAAGAUGAUGAUUUUCUUUCUCCAAAGAAAACCCUUCGAGACUUCGAAGGAGGCAUGGGCACAACGCCUUACUCCCCAGCUAUUCCUAGAAUACCAUGUGUUUCUCCAGAGACAGUCCUAUUAGAUCAGCACACCCCUGUUCCUUUACCAAAGGAAUAUGAUGAGGAUUCUCUUAUCCCGAGCAGUCCUGCUACAGAGACUUCAGACAAUGUCAGUCCAGUGGCCAGCCCUAUUCACACUGGCUUCUUGGUGAGCUUCAUGGUGGACGCUCGUGGUGGCUCCAUGCGAGGCAGCAGACAUCAUGGCCUGCGUGUCAUCAUCCCUCCACGGACCUGUGCUGCUCCCACACGUAUCACCUGUCGACUGGUCAAACCCCAGAAACUCACCACCCCCCCUCCUCUGGUGGAGGGGGAGGGACUCGCAAGUCGAAUCAUCUCUUUAGGGCCAUCCAGUAUGCAGUUCCUUGGACCGGUCAUUGUGGAAAUCCCCCACUUUGCUUCGCUUGGUCAUGGGGACCGCGAGCUUGUGAUCCUGCGUAGCGAAAAUGGUUCAGUGUGGAAGGAACAUCGCAAUCGUUAUGGUGACGAAGUGCUGGAAACCAUUUUGAAUGGCAUGGAUGAAGAUUUGGAAAGUCAAGAGGAGCUGGAGAAGAAAAGAAUUAGAAGGAUAAUCUCCACAGACUUCCCUCUUUACUUUGCGGUGGUUUCUCGUAUUCAGCAGGAGAGUGAUCUCAUUGGUCCAGAGGGGGGCCGGCUCACGAGUAAACUGGUUCCCCACGUCGAGGCCAUCUUCCCUGAGACCGCUGUGACCAAGAGAGUGAGACUGGGGUUGCAGGCCCAACCAAUCCCUGAUGAGCUGCUAACACGGCAGCUUGGUAACCAGGCAACUUUCAGCCCAGUUGUUACCAUUGAACCUCGGAGGCGCAAAUUUCACCGUCCAAUCGGCUUGAGGAUCCCACUGCCGCCAUCUUGGAGAGAGAGUCCUCGAGACGCUGGGGAGGGAGAUACCACCAGUUUACGACUCCUGUGCAGUGUCAUAGGUGGGACAGCUCCAGCUCAGUGGGAAGACAUUACUGGAACCACCAAACUAAUGUAUGCAAAUAACUGUGCCAACUUCACUACUAAUGUCUCUGCAAGAUUCUGGCUGGCUGAUUGUCCACGAACAGCAGAGGCGGUAACCUUUGCCAAUCUGCUGUACAAAGAGCUAAUGGCUGUUCCUUAUAUGGCCAAGUUUGUUAUUUUCGCAAAAAUGAAUGAAGCACGAGAGGGGCGGCUGCGGUGUUACUGCAUGACCGAUGAUAAAAUGGACAAAACUUUGGAAUUGCAUGAGAACUUCACGGAGGUGGCUCGCAGUAGAGACAUUGAGCUAAUGGAGGGCAUGCCUCUGCAUCUGGAGUGUUCUGGGAACCUGGUGCCCAUCAGGAAGGCAACACAACAGCCUCGGAGCUUUAGCUUCCAGGCCUUCAGAGAUAACAGGCUGCCUGUGUCUGUUAAGGUCAGAGACAGUAACAAGGAUGCCACAGGAUUUUUGUCCUUCCUGCGGAAGUGCACCAAGUAUGAAGAUACACAGCACGUACUGUGUAAUCUGAACAUAACCAUGCCACCUUGUGUCAAGGUGGCUGGCAGUGAGGAGCGGCGGCGAACUCUCACUCCUCUGGCUCUGCGGGAGCGUUACAGUGCCCUGAAUGAGCCUGGUGUGGCUGCUGUAAACGCCAUGGAGAGAACAGAGCUUAAAAUCAACCUCAUAUCAGAACAACUGGGCUUGAGCUGGGCAGAAUUGGCCCGAGAGCUGCAGUUUGGAGUGGACGAUAUCAACCGGAUCCGUGUGGAAAAUCCCAACUCACUGCUUGACCAGAGCUCAGCCCUUUUGAAUUUGUGGGCCAGCAGAGAAGGAAAAAGGGCUAAAAUGGAGAGUUUGUACACAGCAUUGAGGAACAUUGACCGUGCAGAUAUUGUGAGCUCUAUAGAGGGGCAGGCACCAUCCAUAGCCCCUGCUUCUUCAGAGGAGGGGGCCUGUCGCCUUGGAGAACGAGAUUCCACUCUACUGUCACCCAGUGUCCUCAAUGGAUAUGGCUUGGUGCAAGAGGAGCUGCUAUCCCCCGCGUCCAUGCAGUACAGCCUGCCCUCACCACUCAAUGUAGAGCCAUACUGGCAGGAAGUGUCCAGCCUGGAGUGUGCGCCUAUAGCCACCACAGAGGAGGACACCCUCCUGGAGAUGUCGGAUGUGCAGGUGUGGCCUGCGGGCGUCAGCCCCUCUCUGGUCACUGUAGAGGACUCCUCUCUGGACGGCAGCAGCCGCGCAGAUGACUCAGAGGGAGCCACACUCUCUCUCCCCUGCAGCUUAGGCCGUCCCAGCAGCGGAGCCAGUGGGGCCAGUGGUUCUAUCAUGGAGCUGGAAGAGGAGGAGGAAGAGGAGGAUGUUGAGGUAGAGGAGGAAGAGCCCCUGCCAGAGCCAUCCACAGCUCUGGCAGACAGAGACAGAAUCCGAGCCAGCGGGGCAGUGCCCAAGGUCAACUUGAACGGCCAACUCGGAGGUCAGAGGUCGGAGGGGAGGAGAGGAGAAUCUGGAGGGUUGGGUUCAGGUGCUGGGAUUUGUGUCAUUUCAGGCCAACAGGAUGUCACAGGACUCAGUGGAGCUUCAGAGCACAACGGAGACAACCGGGUUGGAGGAGGGGGUGCAUUCCAGCCCUAUCUGCCAGAGAAGGAUUCCCUUUCGGGCUGGAUGGGCUCAGUGUCCACCGGGCGGGAUAGCAGUCUGCGUGAAGCCCAGGAGGCGCUGCUGAUCUCGAGGGAGGAAAAAGAAGAAUGUGCUACUGAAUCACGUGCUGAGGAACAUGCUCCUGUGCAGGCAAGAAAGGAACGAAAAGCUACUGCCAAACCAUCCUCCACCAAACGGCAACCCGAGCGGCGAGGAAAAUGAGCACGGACAUUUGACUAACAGACACUGAUAUAAACAUAAGUAUCCUCAAUAUGUGACCUGGAGAACAAGAAGAUACUGUCAACAGACAAAAUGAUCAACUUGUAGUUUUAUAACAUUUGUAAAGAAAAAAGCAAAUCAAAUAAUCUAAGGCAUGAUUCUUUUUUAUAUAAAAUGUAAACCAACUGCAAGAAAAACACAACAAAAAGUGCUUCCUGUGAACUAUAACCGCAUGAUUACUGCUGGUGCAUGCCCUUUGACCUUUGGAACUCUCAUUAUCUCACUGAAUGGAUGAGCCAGGAUGGUCUACUAGGACCACGGACCUUUUGGGAACAUUACCCUAGUUGGAAUGGUUUGUAUCUGCAAGUACAAGUCCAAUAACUACAGCCAAAAAUGUCUGUCCCAAAUCUCUGGAUGGUAUACAGCUGCGCCUCUGCUGAGCCGACCAGUGCUUCUCUGACUGGACCCUCUCCUAGUUCUUCUCAAUGUGAUAUAUGCACUCUAUGCUACGUCUGUGUGUGUGCGUACGUGUGUACUUUUCUCUACCGCAUGUGUAAACUGCUUCUGGCUUGG